UGUCAACCGCAAUUGGCAACACUGACAUUUAGAUACAAGUACGGUCUAAGUGCAAUACUUUAUUUUUUUGUGUAAAAUUCUAAAAUGUAUACUGUCUCGAAAGGACCUAGCAAGAUUGUAGCAAAAACAAGAAGAGGUCUAUCACAAAAUUUAGAAAGACUAGACAGCCGCAAAGACCACAACAGAAGGUCUUCAGAAUCAGACAAUGGAGAUAUUAUUAACAUGCCCAAACCAGUAUUCCAUUCCAAUGGUAAAAAGACAGUACAUCAGAGAAUACAGCAUCAUGUUAUAACUCCGCAGCAUGAAGAAAUAAUUAGAUAUAUCAGUGAAACAUGGACACAAACAGCUAAUGGUGAUAGUGAACCAUCAACGCCUACAAGUACAAUAGGUUCGGGUAGUUCAUCACCAGCCCCAGAGAAUCUUUACUAUCAAGACGAGGCACCAAGUGCAGUACUACACGACUUCAAGCCUUUUGACCUUGAAACGUGGUGGGGCAAGCGACUCUUCCAGAACAUCACCAGCUCACUCUGAGAUCCACUCAUUAUCACACCAAGAACGGGAACAUGAAAUUAUACCAUAGCAGUAAGUCACAAUCAAUUGCAGUUUACUAAAUUUUAUAAAUAUAAUAUAAAUAAAAUAUAUUUUUUAUGAUACCAUUUUUGCAAUUACAAAUAUCAUCGCUUAUUUUAAUGUUUAACAGAUUUAAAAUGCAUUUGAUAUUUACAAAGACCAUAUUUAAAAGACAUUUUAGUAUUAGUUGAGUGUUAUACUCUAAGAGCUAGUAUAAAAAUAUCUGUUGAACUUUUUAAUAUCAAAUUAAGUGGCUGGUUUCCACGAUACUUUGUAUUUGUGGGGAGCAAUAUAAAUAACUUUCCUGAAGACGUGUUUUUUUACGAACUACAAACAGUACAACUCUGGCUUUGCUCUUGUACUAUGAAUAUGAUACUUGUGUAUAAACUUGUUGAUUAUAGUUUUGUGAAAUAUUUUCAUCAUUAGUAAGUUUUUAUUUAAAACAAAAAUGUAUUUAGACUUUUUAUUGAGAUUUUUUAGAUACCAAAGUAAUUUCAAUAGAAAUUUGUUAUCAAUACGUUAGCAUUUUAUUUAGCUUUUUAAAUUUAGUAAGCUACAGUUGAUUGUGGAUCUCAGUAGAAUACACCUUAUGUAAGACGUAAUAUCCAAGCUCAAUAUUAUAGUCCUGCAUAUUUGCUCUUAACCAAUAUUCUCUCAGAUUAUUCUUUAUUUAACACUGGCCGUUUAAAAAAUAAUUUAAAAAUGCUUUGACGCCUGUUAAAAAUUAUUACUUUCAUGAACUGGCAGCUUAUUAUUUUAGACAUUUAAAAAGAAAAGUAAUUCAGAGAUAUGAGUGUUUCUUGUUGGCUCGCAAUAAUUUAUUCAUUUGAUUUACUAAGUCGGCCGGAAUGGGAUACAUUUGCCCUUGGGCCGAGUCCAAGGAAAAUUGAAAUACAAAUAGAUUUUUAAUGAUUGUUUCCUCCUCUCCCCCCACCCCCCGUUCCCUUAAAGAAUCCAAAAAAUUUAAAUACGACUUAAACUGCUAUAAAUAAGGCCAUAUUAAUAAAAUCCCCUACACCUGGUCUGGAGUCCAUGAUUGGAAGUCUAUCUUGUGAACCGGUCCCAUAUUUCUUUUAUUUCUUAGAAUUUUAUCACAAAAUAGUUUUUUUUAUUGCAAUGUUAGUAACCAAUAUGUUUUUACCAAAGAAUUGGUAUAAUUUAUUAAAUAAUUUCGAACGUCAGAUAUACCAAAAAGGGCAGGUAUACACGAACUGCUUUAAGUCCGUGUAUAUCGGCCUUAAAUGUGUUGUUUGUUGUUAUCAUGUUUUAAUGUCAUGCAAUAGUUAAUUUUGAAUGUUUAUUUAUGCUUUGUUGUGAUCAAAAAUUUAUUGUUUUUAUCUAUUUUAUGUUAUUAUGAUUC